AUGUCUAGACCCCACGGCUCUUCGCAAAAGACCCUGAUUGCUCAAGCUCUGAAAGCGGAACGAGAUGUAUCUGCAGCUACUUCUCAAAGACAAGCCCUGGAGGCUGCUAUUGACGCCGCUGAGCAUUAUAUGAAAGCUUUGUCUCUGGCAGCCACCACUCAAGAUAAGCAGUCGUUGGAUGUGAAAUGCAAGGAAUGGCUCUCCAGAGCAGAGAAAAUCAAAGAAGCCAAGGAUUGGCGAUCCGCGAUCCGAGUCCAUGACAGACAUGCAGCGGAACUACAGAAACCAGUCUCUACGCGCACGCUCACAACUCGUGAAGAGAUCAUCUUACUUGAAGGGGCCAAGCUGAAUGGCUUUAUCUUUCCGCCAUGGGCGGGGCCUCCGAGUCUAGAAGAAUUCGAACCUAGUGAGGGAGGGCAAUUAUUCAUUGACAAGCCUGACCUCCAUCUUUCUGACAAACAGAAGGACAUAUUUGAUGGGUGGAAGCGGCCUUCCGAGCUGUUGGCGAAGCAUGCAGGCGGGGAAACGUCCGUAAUGUCCGUACCAGAGAAUACUGAUCUUGUACAAGACGUCUUGACAGACUGCUCUGUUGUCGCCAGUCUCUGCGCUACAACCUCGCGGUCAGAACGUGGCCUUGACAAGCGUUAUCUCCCUCUGAUUUAUCCCUGCGAGUAUGACACAAGCCACCCCAAGGCUUCACCUUCAGGACGAUACAUUCUUCGUUUCUAUUUCAACGGAUGCUUCAGAAAGGUAGUCAUCGAUGACCGCUUGCCAUCGUCGAAGACCUCAAGGUCACUUUACGUUAUCGAUAGAAAUAACCCCAACUUUCUGUGGCCCGCGCUCGUGGAAAAGGCGUACCUAAAGCUUAGAGGGGGCUAUGACUUUCCCGGGAGUAAUUCUGGAACAGACCUGUGGGUACUGACGGGUUGGAUACCCGAACAAGUCUUCCUACAUCAUGAGGAUGUGACUAGCGAUCAAAUAUGGAAGCGUCUCUUUAGGUCGUUUCAAUUUGGCGAUGUCUUGUUGACUAUCGGCACUGGGAAGCUAACCGAGAGGGAAGAGGAAGAACUGGGCUUGGUCAGUGAGCAUGAUUAUGCGAUUCUUGACAUGAAAGAGUUCAAGGGGCGUCGCCAAAUGUUAGUGAAGAACCCAUGGGCAGGAGUCCACACGGCUGAUGGAAGCACCGAGAAUGCCCUUGAGUCAAACGCGCCGCAUGACCGGUCGUCUCUCUCUCCUGGGACGUUCUGGAUGGACUGCGAGGUGGUCCUGCAAAACUUUGAAAACCUUUAUCUGAAUUGGAGUCCCAGACUCUUCAAAUAUCGCCAAGAUAUCCAUUUUACAUGGGACCUCGCAGCUGGAAAGGGGGUUCCGGGCUGCUUCGUGAAGAAUCCCCAGUUUGCAGUAACCUCCGAAACAGGAGGUACUGUCUGGCUGCUCCUCGGCAAGCAUUUCAGAACGAUUGAUCAUCCCGGCUAUUCUUUAUCUGAGAACGCUCAAGCUGGGUUUAUUAGCAUUUACGUAUUCAAUGCGGAUGGUAAGCGUGUUUCUCUAAGUGAUGGUGCUCUUCAUCGGGGUCCCUACGUGGACUCACCCAACACCCUGAUGAGGCUAGAGAUGCCGCCGAGAACAACUUAUACUGCAGUUGUCUCUGAGGAAUCGCUGCCCACUUUGAGUCAAAAUUUCACACUAUCCGCUCUCUCAAUCUCGCCUGUGCAUAUCGCACCAUCACAGAAUAAAUAUAUGUGUGUGAGUAAGGUCCAGAGUUCCUGGAUGCCUUCGACGGCAGGCGGCAAUGCAGAAUCAGCUCGGUAUCCAACGAAUCCGCAGUUCACAUUGACGCUAUCGAAUACGACCGAUAUUUCCAUUUUGUUGGAAUCGUCCGACACCGACCUUGCAAUACAUGCCAAGUUGUUCUUUUCGAACGGAAAGCGUGUGACUAGAGUUCGCAACCGCGACAUUAUCACUGAUAGCGGCGACUAUCGUCGUGGAGCGGCUCUUGCUGAAAAGAGACACCUGGAUAAGGGUGUGUACACGAUUGUUUGUUCCACAUUCGCUCCCGACCAACUUGGCCGAUUCACACUUUGGGUCUCAUCUAUGGUUCCAUGCGAGGUCAAGCCCCUUGCACCCGAAGCAGCAGGACGGCGAGCAGUGAUAUCAGAUAUUGGCGUCUUGCCACCGGGAAGAGACAGGAUGCUUGCGCCUUUGCAGGUCCCGCGACUUACCCGAAUCAAGCUUAUUGCGCGCAGUCGCCGUUCCACGAUCGGGAGUCAUCCCGUUGGCCCUUCACCAGUGUUGAUGACAAUUGAACUGGGCCAAGGUCCUUACAAGGAGGUUCUGGCAACUUCAGAAGACGGAGAUCACAGCGAUGCCAUAUCUGGAGUACGUAUUGAAGACUUCGACCUGCAUCCAGAUCUUGAGGACAGCCGUGGUGUGUGGAUUGUCCUUGAAAGGAUUGGAGGUCCUGGAGGUCAGGUAGAAGAUCACUUUGAGGUUGAGGCCUUGGCAGAAGAGCGAGUCGAGAUCGGAGAAUGUCUCAAGUCUGCGGACAUUGGGCGUUUCGCGGCCAGAGCGGCCCAAAUUGAGCGGGUGAAGCCCGUCGUUGCCUACUGGUGUAACUACUGGAUAGCCAACCAAAUAAUUGAGAGAGGAUUGCACAGAUCGGACCAUGAAGUCGAACUCUACGCGAUGGAUCUGAUGGAGAAGCUGGAACAAUUCAGAAAUGAAAACUCGGAUAAUGAUACAGUGAUCGAUGCAGUCGCGGCAAAUGCCUACGUGGAGCAGUUCGGCUUGGAGGUCUUCAACCGGGCGGAUACGACUAUGAGGGCCAACAAAGUGACCAAGCAAACAGCAGACACUUUUCAGGCCGCCGCUACGUUUCUUGAAUUAUGUCAAAUUUGGAACCCACUCGAACCCGAAAUUGCUGCGAAAAUCAAGUUUGCCAAGUAUCAUGCGCUGAGAAUUGUGAAGGCGAUCAAGGCCGGAGAGGAUCCCAACGCAACAAACCCGGUUGUCAAGGAAGACGACGAGACAGAAGGACCGACAGUAACCGAAGAUGAUCUUGAGGCGCAGGCAGAUCUUGUCUCGCAGCCGCAGCAACCAACCGUGGAGGAGGUCCCUGAUGAAUCGGAGCGUGCCGAGAGAGCUAUGGCACGGCAGUCAUCGCUGGACGAAUCGUUGCACCCGUCGAGAUCUUCGUCGGCUCCUCGGCCGCAGCGUACGAUUGAUUCGUUCACCAUACCUGAUGUUCCAACAAGCGCUCCACGGACACCUGCUCCAGAAACAGGUCCUACUGGCGAGCAAGGCUCGACCCUAAAUCUUCCUUCAGCUCCAGUGACGUUUGCCUCCUCUUCGUCGAUCCCCAAUCUCCCAGACACACCUUCGAACCUGGGCGCUCAUCAUCCCGCUGCUUCUAAUUCGUUCCACUCCUUUCCUCCUCCUUCCGACCUUCCUCCUGCAAGUCCUCCAGCUACGUUUCACCAACCCAGCUCUUUCUAUAAUCAUCCCAAGCCAAGUACCUGGGCUCCUUCAACACCUGCACAACCCGAUACAGCACCGGUACCGGUAGUCUCACGCCCGGUCCAGCAACCAGCACCAGCGGCCGUACCCACAGUUUCAGCUUCAAGUCAAAGCAAUUCACACGGGAUUGAUGACCAAGCCAUUGCCCAAGCUCAAAAGCAUGCCCGCUGGGCUGUGUCUGCGUUGACAUUUGAUGAUGUUAAUACGGCGAUCAAAGAACUCAAAAACUCUUUGAAAUAUCUGGGGGCAGAGUAA